ACCUGAAGCUUGAGGUCCAAACUAGCAUCUGUCACUAACUCAUUAUCCACAACAAUUAUAGAGAAUCAGACUUUUCAUACAUACAUACAUACAUCACAUAGAGAGAGAGAAAUGGUUCAAUUGAGUUAACUUUUCACUCAUACCUGCACUACUAUAGUCUAUGGCAUCUCAGACAACAACUGCCGCGAUUGGCCGUAGCUGCCAACCGUGCGUCCAAACAUUGAUAUCCAAGCCAUCCCCGGAGUUUCGCCUCGGCCUGAUACCUCUCCGGCGACAUUCCACCUACGCUGCCUUCACCUCCAGUUCCGUUGGGGCAAGCAAUGUUCACGAUCAUCUUGUGUCCGCACUUCAUCGACGUCGCGGACGGUCCGGUUCGGACCUAUCACUUGCCUCCACGUUGAAAUCCGCCGAUUCUUCUACCGCCGAGACACCUAAGAAGGGUAAGAAGACUCGGAAUUCGAAGAGGAAGAAGAAGAUUGACGAUGAUGAUGAAGUGAAGGAAAAGGAAGGGGAGGAAAGCGUCAGUGAGGUUGUUGAUAAUAGCAAUAUUGCCGAAAUCGAUAAUCAACAACAAACGCAGCAGCCGAUGAUUAGUUUGGACGACGUCAAUCCGGUAGGGCUAGGGAGGCGGUCUAGGCAGAUAUUCGACGAGGUAUGGCGUAAGUUCUCCGGAUUGGGGCAGAUCUCCAGGACAAAUCGUUCCGAUGACGAGGUCGAACUUCUAAUACGCGAAGGAGGACCGAUGUGCGAAUUCGCUAUUCCAGGUGCUCAGAACACUACCGUCUUGGUCGUCGGCGCUACCAGUCGUGUUGGCCGUAUAGUAGUUCGGAAACUCAUGCUCAGAGGCUACACCGUCAAGGCAUUGGUUAGGAAGGAUGAUGAAGAUGUUGUAAACAUGCUGCCUACGUCUGUAAAACUGGUUAUUGGGGAUGUUGGUGAUCCAUCCAGCUUGAAUAACGCAAUUGAAGGUUGCAGUAAGAUUAUCUAUUGCGCCACUGCUCGUUCUUCUGUCACUGUGGACCUGAACAGAGUUGACAACCAGGGCGUCUACAACGUAACAAAAGCAUUCCAGGACUAUAACAAUAAACUUGCACAACUGCGAGCUGGAAAAAGCAGCAAAAGCAAGCUUUUACUUGCUAAAUUCCAGACAGCCGAGUCACUGGAUGGUUGGGAGGUUCGGGAAGGAACUUAUUUCCAGGAUGGGAUGACCGCCAAGUACGAUGGAGGAAUGGAUGCCAAAUUUGAGUUCACUGAGGAUGGUAAAGCUGUUUUCUCAGGAUAUGUUUUCACUAGAGGAGGUUAUGUGGAGUUAUCAAAAAGGCUUUCUCUUCCUUUGGGUUAUACCCUUGACAGGUAUGAAGGUCUUGUACUUUCAGUUGGCGGGAAUGGAAGAUCAUAUGUCUUGAUUCUUGAAGCUGGACCUUCUGGCGAUAUAACACAAAGUAAAAUGUACUUUGCUCGAUUUAACACAAAAGUGGGGUUUUGCAGGGUAAGAGUACCGUUUUCCUCCUUUAGAUCAGUGCAGCCAGAUGAUCCUCCAUUAGACCCAUUUCUUGUACACACUAUGACCAUUCGUUUUGAGCCGAGAAGACAGAGGCCUAUCGAAGGAGCUGAUGGAGUAAAUCAAGAUUUGAGAAGCUUUAAACUUAUUAUGGAAUACGUAAAGGCCUUGCCAACUGGACAAGAGACAGACUUCAUCCUAGUUUCAUGCACGGGACUAGGAAUAGAACCUUCAAGAAGGGAGCAAGUUCUAAGAGCCAAGAAGUCGGGGGAGGAUUCAUUGAGAAGAUCAGGAAUUGGAUAUACAAUAAUUCGUCCUGGUCCCUUGCAGGAAGAACCUGGUGGACAGCGAGCUCUAAUAUUUGAUCAGGGAAACAGAAUAUCCCAGGGCAUUAGCUGUGCAGAUGUGGCUGAUAUCUGUGUUAAGGCAUUGCAUGAUUCAACUGCAAGGAACAAGAGUUUUGAUGUUUGUUAUGAAUAUGUGGCUGAACCAGGAAAGGAACUCUAUGAACUGGUAGCGCAUUUACCCGACAAAGCAAACAACUACUUGACUCCCGCACUGUCGGUCUUAGAAAAGAAUACAUAAAUUGAUGAGAAAGUAAAUCAAGGUCUUGUUUUCUAUUGUCCAUUUUCUAUAAUUUUACUAUACAAGUGUAUUUUUUAUAAUUAUUAUAUCUUUGUAGAUAACUAUAUAGAUAUAUAUUGUUUCCAUUAUCAAAAUACCUUGAUCUAUCUUGUAAUCUAUGUCACCAAAUAUGUUUGUAAUUAUGUAUAAUAGAUGACUACUUAUUGAUGUCAACAUUAUUGAAAAUCAUGGGAAACUUGCUAUAUAUGCUUACACUAGCUAGUAAUUUCAGGAGUUAUUUAUUUAUUUUAAAUUUGGAGAAAUUUUGUUGUAUGAUAAAUUAACCAGAUUUCUCA